GAGUAGAAGUAGAAAUAGACCUGCGCCAAAGUUGUGAGCAUCCUGUUUCUGUGUGCCGCGAUGUCGACAAGACUGCUUCUGCUUCUCUGUCUGACAGGACAUGUGUUUGCCAAAGUACCGCCUGAUGUUGACUGUUUGGUGGUGCAUCAGAAACAUGUUAACUGUACCUGGAACAAGCAGGGGACUCCAGAUGUCAAUUACACCUUCUACAGCUGGUUCCACAAUGAAUCACCCAGUAUCUGUGCCACUUAUAUGUCAGAGAACGGCAUCAACAUUGGAUGUAGACAGCCUUAUAAUGACAUAUCCAAAAGGUUCAACGAUUUUUACACCAAACUGGAACAUGGCAACAAGUCUCAUCAGCAGCAGCUUAAUCUGAAACAGAGAGUCUUGUUAUAUCCACCAGUCAACGUAUCUGUCCAGACUGGAUCUGACUUAAACCUGUGGUUUUACUGGAACCAGACUUCCUCAAACUGUGUGGAGAGUGAGGUUCGCUUCAGGACCAACAACAACAAGUGGGAGAGUUCUGAAGUCAGUACUGGGAAGCAGAGUUUCUGCAUCAACUUGCCCUCCAGCCGUUCCAGGUAUGAGCUGCAAGUGCGAAGCAGACUGGGGAAUAACUGUGGACAGUCUUUAUUCUGGAGUGACUGGAGUGAGCCUGCAGUGUGGGGAUCCAACAACAGUACAGAUACUAAUCAAAUAAAUAAUUCAAUGUCUGUGUGGACUCCAUUGCUGUAUGUGGUGGGUGCUCUCACACUCAUCAUACUGGUCAUGAUGUUGCUGCACCAUGAAAGGCUCAGAAUAAUCCCUAUCCCUGUGGUUCCCAAGCCAUCCCCGGUUCUUUACGACAUUGAGGAUUGGUUUCGAUUCUCCAAAGGCCUGAAAGGAAAUUUUAAGGCUAACUACAAUGAGCAUGCCUGUCCCGUCCGCGAGUACACCCAUGUCUCCCAGUCUGACAGCGAGAGCUCAGACAGCUCCAACUUCUCCAUCACCACCGACCAAACCGACUGCUCUGUCUUCAUUCCUGUGAACGAGCCAGAAGACCUGUCUACCCUCUACUCCUCUUCUUCCUCCACAGUUCCUGUCACACCUCUUGAGGAGAGGCAGGUUUAGGAGGCCCCUCAAUCAGGGAUGCAGUGCAUGCAUUUUGAGAAGACAUCAUGCUGUUGCAAUUAGCCGAUUAGCUAAUAAGUCACAUUUACAUUUACAUUUACAGUUACAUGAGUGCUGGUUUCAGGCAGAGUUAGAUGAUGACAAAAUACACUGUUGCCCAUAAAGAAUAAAAUAUAUUUUACCUCUUCUCAUGACAUUGUGACAAUGUGAUUUAUUCUUGAUAGAUAAAGUGUAUAUCUCUUCCAAUGUGUUUGCAAAUGUGUAUAAAUAGGAAUAAAAAGAGGAAUGUGUCAGAAAACAAAACUAUUCCAACUUUAUGGGCGACAGUGUAUAAUACGCCAAUAUUGUUGACAAAAUACAUUAAUGGCAGUGUGGGUUAUUUUGGGUAUUUAAUGUGAAUUCUGAAAAUAAAUACUACAUUGAAAAAACACACAAGGCAGAUAAUGACCAAGAAACCAGCAUUCACUUAACUCACAUUCAUAGUUACACUUUCCAAUAAGGCACCUGAUAUAGGGUUUCUGAGAUUCGUUUAUAAACUUUGUCUCCAACAUGAUACUCGUUUUGGCUUUUUAGCUAGCUAGAAAAGGUUGCAGAGCAUCCAGAGCAAAAUGUAUUUGAGACUUGAUGGCUUAUUGGAAAGUAAAAUGAUCAAUUAUUGUUAAUUAAUAUUAUUAAUAUUAAUAACCGCAUUACCAAAUACAAAGGAUAGGAACCAAUCAAUGGAAUUUUUCACAACCUGGCAACCCAAAAGUGUGUUCCUAUUAAGGUCUUCCACCUGCUCUAUGAUGCAUUAUUGAGCAAUAAUAAAAUGUAUAAACCCUGUAAUAAAAGGUGCCUCGUUAGAAAGUGAUCAUGGUCAUGCUAAUAUCAAAACCCGUGUCGUUUUAUACUCCUAUAAUUUUUUAUAUUACCUGUUUUAAUAUCUUUGAAUGUUUUUAAGGUUGAAGGUUUUUUUCCCCUAUAUUUUGUAUAACUGACUUAGCUGCAUAUCGUCUCAUGUAUUUUUUUCCCGUAUUUUUUUUUUCAGAAAUAAAUACAUCUAUUGAUGUUAAGAGCUCCGUCC